GGGGCCAUUUGGGUGCAGGCCCGUGUCGGCUUUGGCCGAAACAUGUAGUCGAUUAAAUGUAACUGUCGAUGUCCCUCGUGCGAUUCUGCCCGUCUGGAUCUGAACACGCAGACAUCACUACUAUUCGAGUAUUCAGCGCAGGACGAGUCAGUUGUUCGCUGCCUAAUAAGGCGUGAAGAUAACUAGUGAUUCCUUUUCCGCCACUAUGGGUGUGCUCGACGUCGUUCGAGGGAGGAACGAUACUCGAACUGUCAGGAAUAUAGUGGGGUCGAGAGACUCUACUUUCAAAUUCAAAGACGAGAAAGAUGGACUAUCCGGGAACGAUUUUGAGAUCAAUUCUACGACUGUGAGCUCAGAGGCACAGUCGAAUAACACGGAGAUUAACCGUCAUUCCUACGGUGAGACGGAUGGCACGACAACACGGCGAGCUCAACCAGGUGUCCAGAAAGCAGAGGCUGCGGCACUGGCUUGGAGUAAGAAAGCUGCUUAUGGGACUUAUGCGAUGAUCUGGUUGGCCUUCUUCAUGCUAGCCCUCCAGUCCUCAAUUAGCAGCAGCAUCAUCCAAAAUGCCUAUUCGACCUUUUCCGCAGCACCUCAAGUCAGCACGGCCAAUAUCUUAUCAAACAUCGUUGCAGGAGUCAUGAAGCUUCCGGUAGCUAGAACCCUGAACCUCUGGGGCCGAUGCGAAGGGUUCUUAAUCUCACUUGCGGUCUACUUGAUUGGUAUCAUUAUUCUAGCAUCGUGCAAUGGUCCGAAUUCCUAUGCAGCAGGAUACACUCUUUACUGGGUUGGAUAUGAUGCCUUAUAUUUGAUCCUGGACGUCUUUGUCGCCGAUACCUCCGGCCUGCGCAACCGGGCGUUCGCCUUUGCGUUUGCCAGUACGCCUUUUAUCUGUACCGCAUUCACCGGUCCUUUGGCAGCGCAGUCGUUCUUGAAGACGGCGUCCUGGCGUUGGGCGUACGGCGCCUUCGCCAUCAUCAUCCCUGUCGUCUUUCUUCCAGUCGCUCUGAUCUUCAAGCUCUAUCAGCGCAAGGCUGAGAGAAUGGGCAUCUACCCUCGCCGGCCAAGUGGACGCACGAUGAUGGAAUCCGUGAUCCAUUAUAUUCAUGAGUUUGAUCUCAUUGGCGCCUUCCUCCUCAUGGCUGCAUUCAUCUUGAUCCUGCUCCCAUUUAGCCUGACCAGCUAUGGUCGUGCAGAGUAUAAAAGUGCCACUUUUAUCGCAAUGGUAAUCAUCGGAUUCUGCUUAUUCUUCGUUUUCGCUGCAUGGGAACGCUUUGGCGCACGCACACAUUUCAUCCGGUACGAACUGUUCAAAGAACGCACCGUGGUCGGCGCGUGCUGCCUCGCCGCCAUCAUGUUCUUGAGCUUCUACUGUUGGGAUCUGUACCUUUUCAGCUUCUGUAUCGUCGUCUUCCGCCUCUCGGUCGGGAUGGCUGGCUACAUUGGACAAAUCUACAACGUCGGCUCCUGCUUCUGGUCCGUCCUGUUCGGUAUUGCUGUCCGUGUAACGCGACAGUUCAAAUACUUAUGUCUUGGAUUUGGCCUCCCGCUUCUCAUCCUCGGUGUGGGCCUAAUGAUCCAUUUCCGCGGCCAGGGCUAUAUAAUCGACGACAAGAAUACAUCUCCAUCCUCCCACAGCGGGAUCGGCUACAUCGUUAUGUGUCAGAUCUUCAUCGCCUUUGCUGGCGGCACCCUUGUCAUCGGACAAGAUAUGGCAGUUAUGGCAGCUGCAGACCGCGAAGGCGUCCCCAUGAUGCUCUCCAUGCUCAGUCUGUUCUCUAGCCUCGGCAGCGCAAUCGGUUACGCCGUCUCAGCCGCUAUAUACUCGAACACAUUUGUGGAUGCCCUUACCGAGGCGCUUCCUGCCGAUGCGAAAGCCGAGGCCAUCGCUAUCUAUGCAGGCGGCUACGUCAAGCAAGAGCUAUACCCGCUGGGUUCAGAAAUCAGAACUGCCAUCGACUACGCAUGGAGUAUUUACAUGCGAGACGCAUGUAUUGCCGCCACAGCCAUCUUGGCUCUGGGAUUUCCUGCCAUUGGGGUCUGGAAAAACUAUCGUCUUGAUAGGAAGCAGAAUAAGGGCGUCGUCAUCUGAAGCAGUUCCCCCAUUUCUUCUUCUUUUUUUUUUAUCUCUAUCUAAUGACUAUACGAACUAU